AAUUGUUGGAUUAAGAGCAGUGCAGAGUCACUGUAAAAAAUUUCACGUAGAAUCGUUUCUCUUCUUUUCUCUUUCUGUACGCGAAGAGCUCUGCUGAAAUCUCGAUCUCAGAAAUUCUUGGGUCAGAACAAAGAAUCUUUGUUUUUUUCUAGGUGUCUUUGUGGGCAAGGUGCAUAAUUCUCAGAUACAGUGAUUUUGUAUACAGUUUGUGGCGUUAAUUGGAAAUUUACUUGAGUAAUCUGAUGAUGGGUUUUUCGCAGCAGUGAUUAAAAGCUGAUGAUCGUUGCUGGAGUUCAUGGGGAAGUAAUUUAUGAAUUUUGGAGAAUUGGGUUUCUUGGAUGCUGAUUACUCCACUGCUUUUGUUGAUAUAAAUGCUUUUGGUGGGGGAUCUACGAUUCUUGUGUAGUUUGGUGGUGGUGGUGGUGGGGUGGUUCUUGGCCCGCUGGAAAUGGCGGCGUUGGGUUGCACGAAAUGCGGAGAUCAGGAGGCGCAUGGCCUUGGCGAGGGAGGAGUCAGAUAGGAUAGAGCUUGAGGCAGCCGCGGGGUACAGCAGCUAUGGUCCUGUUCUGGCGGCUGAGCCGUUGGCGGAUGAACUUGUAGUCGGGUUGGGACGGUCUCCCGGACGAUCGCCGCCCCAGCACCAGUGUGAGGUGUGUUUUAGUCCAACCACAACGCGUUGCAAGCAGUGUAAAGCUGUUCGUUACUGCUCCAGAAAAUGUCAAACAAUACAUUGGCUACAAGGUCACAAGGAAGAAUGCCACUCAUUUACCACUUAUCAGAACAUUGACAAAGGAGUCCAUUCUUAUUCUAAGGAGUUUAAGCAAGAUGGGAUUCAGAGCAGUCAAAAUUAUAUUGAGAUUGAAGGAACACGUACUACUGAAUCAGUUGAAUCAUCUUCUGGAGAACAAACAUUUUCAAGUCCCAUUCUUAAUUUACCUAGUAAGAAUAAUGAGUCUGAAAAGGAAACUACUCAAGUUUGGAAAAGAACUGAUAUCAAUGGGAAGGCUUUGGUUAACUCACUUCCUGAUGAAUGUUAUUCAUCCACCAGUUCAACUGACAUGUCUGUUGCUUCAGAUAGCAACUUAAACGAUAGUAAUAGAUCGGAGGGGCAGAGUACAUUUACUAAUGUGGAAUCAAUGAGUCCAUUCUUAUCACAACAACCUAGGAUGACAAAUCCUAAAUAUGGGCGCACUGCUGCUGGUUCUCAACAUUCACUUCCUGAAAUGUCUACAUCCUCCUCUGAUUUUUGGGGUGGAACACUUGAACCCAUUAGAUCCAAGACCGAUGGACUUGACAAAUUUGGUGAAGUUAACAUGUCAAAUUCUGGCUCCUCAUCUACUCCAUCUUCAGGUGAAAUUAAUGUCCAUGUCAAAGUGUUGGGUGCUGAUAUGAACAGAGUCAGGGAAGAUGAUACUUGCCCAGUUACAUCAGUGCCCGAGGCAUCAACAUUAUCAGAAGUGUGUGAAGAGGGUUUGAAGUUCAGUGGACCUCUAUCUUUGAGUGGCAAUUCUGAAUGUAGCGCUAAGGAAGAAGCUCAACUUUCCUCCUCUGAUGCCUGCCAGGCACACAUAUCUGAGGAGCAUGUACCAAGCAAACAUGCUAUCAACAUUAGUAGCUUGCAAUCUUCGGCUUGUAAACAGUUGGACCAUGAAACUGAUUUGACAAAUGGUGUUUUAGAUGCCAAGAAAUGUCAACAAAAUGAUUCUGUGAGACUCAGAUCUUCUGAUGCUCAUUUGUCUUCUAGCACCUGCAUCAGGAAGCCUGCUGUUCUGAAUGUGAAGUCCAUCGAAAGUGAAUGUGCUCACAGGGAUGGUGCUUGUUCCUUGGACAGCAGUGGCCAUCUGCCGUGUGCUAAAAGUGGAACUGAUCCAUCAGCGAGGAGAGUCAUGGACCAGUUCAGAGCUUCUAACUUUACUAGGCAUGGUACUUUAGGUGCUGAAAAUGGGAUUACAAGAUAUGAGGGUUUAUUUCCAUAUGAACUUUUUGUGAAGCUUUACACUUGGAAAGAGAGAGAAUUAUGCCCAUCUGGACUCAUAAAUUGUGGUAAUAGCUGUUACGCAAAUGCUAUUCUUCAGUGUUUGACAUUUACUCCACCCCUCACAGCAUACUUUCUCCAAGGAUUUCAUGAAAAAGCAUGUCAAAAGAAAGAAUGGUGCUUCACCUGUGAGUUUGAAAUGCUAGUUAAGAAGGCCAAGGAAGGCAAGUUUCCUGUGUCACCAUCACGGAUAAUGUCUCACAUGCAGCAUAUAGGAAGUCAUAUGGGUAGUGGUAAGCAAGAAGAUGCUCAUGAAUUUCUUAGAUGUGCAAUCGACGCCAUGCAAUUUGUUUGCUUGAAGGAAGCUGGAGUUCAUGUGGCCGGCGGCUCUUUGGAUGAAGAAACAACUCUCUUGGGGCUUACAUUUGGGGGCUACCUCCAGUCAAAGAUAGAGUGCAUGGGGUGUGGGGGCACAUUCAAGCAGCAUGAAAGAAUAAUGGAUCUCACUGUUGAGAUAGGAGGAGAGAUAGAAACUCUGGAAGAUUCCUUAAGUUUAUUCACUCGCUCUGAGAUGUUAGAUGGUGAAAAUAAGUACCACUGCAGAAGAUGUAACUCAUAUGAGCAGGCUGAAAAGAAGCUAAGAGUAUCAGAGGCUCCUAAUGUCCUCACAAUCGCUCUUAAGAGAUUUCAGUUGGGCACAUUUGGGAAGCUGAACAAGGCAGUCAAAUUUCCAGAGGUUCUGAAUUUGGCUCCGUACAUGAGUGGAACAAGUGACAAAUGCCCGAUUUAUCAGCUUUACGGAAUAGUGGUUCACUUGGAUGUUAUGAAUUCAGCAGUUUCUGGUCAUUACGUGUGUUACAUAAAGAAUAAUGAGGGAAGGUGGUUCAAAGCUGAUGACAGUAUGGUGCGAGCAGUGGACCUUGAAAAUGUUUUGUCGCAAGAGGCAUAUAUGCUUUUCUAUGCAAGGUGCUCCCCACGUGCGCCAAGACUGAUAAGAAGUUCGAUCAUUCCUCGUGAUACCAGAAAAGCCAAAACCCCAUCUCUUAAAUUUAAAUCUCAUGCAGCGGAAUGGGAUGUUUCAGUGCGUACGAAACCGUGCAACCAUCGCUCUCACCAGAGUCAUCAUCCCACUAGAUCAAAAUCAGAAGAUGAUAUUUCGAGCUCUUCAAGUGAGUCUACUUCCUCUUUCUUCUCUGAGGUUGCAUCUCACAGCACAGAGAGCAGUCGUUCGGAAUCUUCAAGCACAAACGACUCGUUCGAUCAAAUACUAGGUGAAACAGGGAAUUUUUGGAAUAACACACCAUCACCGUCAUCCUCACCAUUCACCCUGCAUUCGAGGCACUCACCGCUUGGCGAUUUGGACCGAUACUCUUCAGAUGCGGAGACAGGUAGCUCUUGUUCUAUCAUCAUAUAAAAGGGAUAGAUUCUUUUUUGUGCAGCAACAGCUUAAAUAAGGAGUGCAGAGAGUUAGCUGAUAUAGCAGUAGUUGUAGACGAUAUGGCUCCAAUAGAUUAGGAAACAAUAUAGCUCUCGCAACGAAGCUGAAAAGUGUAUAUUUAAGAACAUGUGUUAGUUGUUUACUGAGUGGGGAAUAAUGAGUUUGAGGGGUUGGUGGCAUGGAGGAAAUUCCCUGAUUUGUAUGUAUUGCAUUGCUCCUCAGGCUGAAAAUGAGCCCUCAUUUUGUGACUCUCAUCCCCUUUAUACACACAUACAUACAGCUUAUAUAUACAUAUAUAUAUAAUAUUGUUCAUAUCA